AUGUUCAACACUGCACAUACUUCCAUCCCUCGUCCUAUUUCUGUCUUCGAAUCCAACCGGCGUCCUUAUGGAUGGCAACCUGACAAGUACGAAUACAUGGACUACGAACGCCGACGAAACCGCCUGCUAAAAUUGCCCCAUGUAAGGGUUGCUGUUGCCCAAGGCGGCAUACUCUGGCGUAUAUGCAAGCAGGAACUUGCCAGCGACAUACCCAGCGGGCCGUCCAUAGACGUACAUUUUUUUGCGGAUAUGUCUUCCGAUGCACCUCGCAAUUACGUCUUCGACACUCUGAGUCAAGAGGAGAUAGACACACUAUGUGGCGUUUAUCAUGUCCUUACAGAUAGAGGCGAACAAACGACAAUAUUGUCGUGGUGGCCCACGCCCCACCUGUGGACUACGUCUGGCUUGGACAUGGGAUACUGGACCCAUUCUAAUGAACAAGUGUUUCAGUCGAGGUUGAGGAAGAUACGAGAAGGAGAAGCCACAUUGCUCACGGCUCGAAAGUGGAAGGGAGACUUGAAGUUUUACAAGAACCAGACCAGGAAAUUUAUUGGGGGCGUCGACAGGGAAUGCGUAGCAUUAGUCAGUUUACUGUGA